AUGCAUCAACAAACUCCCGCAUCAUCGCCAGUCAGUCAUCCAGCUAUCAAAACCUCUACGGCUCCUUCUACAUCUGGCCGAUACGCUCAUCCAGACAUGUUUCUCGAAAUGCUCCAAGGCUCUGCGAUAGUCGUCGUCGUCGGGACCGGUCCUCAAGCUCCACGCUAUACCCUCCCAGUAAAGCUCCUUUGUGCGCAUUCCAUCUACUUCAGAGUCGAGAUUACGCGCCUCAAUUCGCUCUCCACGGCUACGGCCGCCAACAAGAAGCGCAAACUCAGCCCGGACGGUGACGAAAAAGUCAUGAAAGUGGAAGCAGACGAACCAAAGCAGGAUUUCGAGAAGACAGAAGCAGUGAUCAAGCUCCCAGACGUCGACCCCAUGAUCUUCGGCCUGUUCUUGAAAUUCAUCUACAUGGGUUCUUAUCCUACUACAGUCGAUAGUCGAAUCUCGACCAUGUACAACCCGCGCAUGACGACUUCGACGAUACCGACAUCCCACUCCCCCUACGCCUCACCACCGGCUAGCACACCAGACAACACCGACACUCCCCAAGGACCACUCACGCCCCCAAGUACUACCAAUAUGCUCGUUACUCCUGCACCAUCACCGGCACCAUCGCUACAGACACCAUCAGUGCACGACUCCACCAUCCCUCCCUCGAUCCGCGCAUGGCUUCUCGCCCAACGUCUGAGCGCAACAAGCUUCAUGAAUUAUGCGACAACCCACAUCUACUCCGCCAUCGGAACGCACUUCUUCCUCACGCCCGCGCUGGUAGACUACAUCUGGGUGCAUACAGAUCCCUCUCCACCUCUUCCCCCCAUCUCUGAUUCCUCUCACGUAUCUACUACCACCUCGAAGCCCUCUAACUCGAUCGUCUCUCCCUCUCCCCUCCGUAAAUUAACCCUCGACAUCCUAGUCAUGUACUGGGCUACCCCAUCGACUAACAUCAUUGCAAAGUCCGCCCCUCUAAACGCAAGUUGGAACGCGUUGUUCGACGCACAUCGCGACUUGCGACAGCAGUUUAUCACGGGCCUACAGGAGGGCGGGAAGUUGAUGCCUGUGCAGGGGUACUUUGCUAAUGCGGUGGAUGGGAGGAUCACUGGUGGAGUGGCGAUUCAGAAGGUGGGUGGAGAUAGUGAGAAUGUAGGCCAGGGACAAGGCGUGUAG